CGAAGGCUGCCGGCGCGUCGGCUGUGCAGCAGCAUUACUAUUGGCCUUUAUUGCUGCAGCGGGUAAUUAUGCGUGAUUGGGGUUGUGUUGAAUCGUCGGAGCGUGAAGCGCGCCAUUGUUAGACACUGUGAUUGUACUGGGUUGAAUUACCGGAUAACACCAUGCGGGAUGGGCGAACCCGAUGGAUACGCUGGAUAUCGGCCGCCGUGGUGAUAUUUCUACUGGGAAUCAACGAAUUAUACGCUUACUAUACCCGUACAUUAUGUUUCGGCAGCGGCGAUUGUAUCAUCACAGCGGGCUAUCGGGGCGGCGGCUUCGAUGACGAGUAUCAUCGCUGGCUGAUCGAGUGCGACGAUGGGGAAGCGGUUAUCGGAAUCUACGAUACCUACAUGCAGUUCAUGGCCAUGUCACAGGUCUGGUGUUUCUUCUCCUUUCCCUUGAAGCCACCGGGUAAAGGCAUCUAUCCCUAUUAUUCCACUUGCAACGUACGGAAUUUCACUCUGAACGAGUUCUACUGCUACGAUAAAAUGUUUCCCGAAGACACCGUGGAUACUUUCGUUACCGGAUACUGGGCCGCCACCAGCGCUGAUCCUAUACAGCCGACACUGCAGAAAUGCUGUAAAACUCCGAAAGGCUACCGUAUCGACUAUUCACGGUGUCAGUGGAAGUACACGCACGACAAAAAUGGGGAACACUAUGACGGCUACUGGGUGGUUAAGUGUGACACCAACUAUGUUGUCACCGGAACCGGUCAGGCAUUGAAUCCCUGGGAUAACGUCAAGCAUUUCACAUGGAUUCAGUGUUGUCCUGUGAUAACCACCGGUGCCGCUUUCGGUCUCCCCAUCGGCAACCGCCCUCCAUCUGGACAUUAUCUGGCUGGCGGAUGAUGAAGCGAAGCGCUCAGUUUUUUUUGUUACGUUUUGCGAACUGUUAAUUAAUUUUCUGGAGUUCAGACAUGUUGCUCAUAUGUUUUGUUAUACAACUGUCACAUUUACAACGGUUAUAAAAUUGUACAUAAUUUUUUCAACGCUCACACUCUGCACAGCUGCACUGCUGAGCAAAGUGGCAGUAAAGUAAUAAAGCAGCGUGUAAAAAGAA